CUCAUCUCGCGAACUAUAAGAAUCCUUUGAUUAUACAGGGUGAGUUACCGAUCUAUGCUUGGUGUUUAUCAUCAAACAAAAUGGCUGCUGUUGAUGAAGAACAGUUUGAGGAAGAAGAAGGAAACGAUGCCCAAUUAGCCCUAUGUAGCGAUGGAAGAAAAAGGCUUUUUAGUAAAGAAUUAAGGUGCAUGAUGUACGGUUUUGGUGAUGAUCAAAAUCCUUACACAGAAAGUGUUGAUAUUAUAGAAGAUUUAGUGAUUGAGUUUAUUACGGAAAUGACUCAUAAGGCAAUGGAAAUUGGAAGAACAGGUCGAGUACAAGUUGAAGAUAUAGUAUUUUUAGUACGAAAAGACCCUCGAAAAUAUGCUAGGGUAAAAGACCUACUAACAAUGAAUGAGGAACUGAAAAAAGCGAGAAAAGCUUUUGAUGAAGUGAAAUAUGCAGGAAAGGAAGCUUUACAAACCCAAGGAAAUUAAAAUAAACAAUAAAAAAAUACAAAUUAAAAAUUUAA